AUGCCAUCAACGCCAUCAACAUCGACACUGGAAACCCCUAGAUUUGAGGCCAGGCGGUUCAGCACCUGGAAUUCCAGAGGAAAGUCGGUGAAAAGAACAAAGCCGGGAAUACACCGGGCUUUUCAUAAAGAUGUUAUCCUGCUGCCUUCAGCUGAUGACAGCAGUGUCGUAAAACAAGCAAAGAAAUCAGUGCUGCACCAGAGAGGCUACAUACUGAAUGCCUUUGAAUUUGAAAAGGCAUGGGACAGCACAGAGGUGAUGGCCAGGCUUAGGCAGGCAUUUGCAGCUAAGGUGUGCCUUCCUAAUAAUGUCAGAGGACGACCUCAUGGAAGACAUUUCUGCCAGCAGCCAUCCUCGUGCACCACACCACCCCCACAAGCACCACCUCAGCAGCCACCUCAACAGCCACCUCAACAGCCACCUCAACAGCCACCACAGCAGCCACCUCAACAGCCACCUCAACAGCCACCACUGCAGCCACCUCAACAGCCACCUCAACAGCCACCUCAACAGCCACCUCAGCAGCCACCUCAACAGCCACCUCAACAGCCACCUCAACAGCCACCACAGCAGCCACCACAGCAGCCACCACUGCAGCCACCAGUGAAUGACCAGGCAGGAUAUCAUCCAGAUAAUUACUAUAGUGCAUAUGUCGACAUCAUUGAAGAUUUGGCGGAGGAGGAAGACGGUGAACUGUUACAUGCUAUAGUCGUUAGCAUGCAAGACCAGACGCUCCCCAAAGAAGAUGUCCCAGUCAGUGACAUUCUGAAGGAAUUGGCAGAGAAAAUCGAUAGCAUUGGAAUUUCAAGAUUCAACAUAAAUCGCUCCAAUGUUCUUGACGGGGCCAUACGGGGUCUUAAAAGGUUGACAUUCAGCCCAUGCAAUACUUUGAAUGUGAGAUUUUCUGACGAUAAGGGGGCGACUGAGGAAGCUAUUGACCUUGGGGGGCCAAGAAGAGAGUUUCUUCGCCUUCUAAUGCAAACCCUGUCAGAGUCCGAGAUGUUUGAGGGACGCGAAGGCCAUCGCAACUUGGCUCUAGAUUUCAGAGCUUUACGUGAGGACAAAUAUUUUUAUGCAGGAACUGCCAUUGCCCUCAGCCUGGUCCAUGGCGGUCCACCGCCAUGUUUUCUGUCAAAGACUCUUUUCACGGGCAUAUCCGAGGGAGCAGACCAGUGCCAGCCAGAGCUGGAAGACGUCACUGAUUCUGAUCUGCGCGACAAACUAACAAAGGUUUCUGAAGCCACGACACUACAUGACCUGCAGCUGUCUGUGGAGCCUAUCAGCGACUACUUGGCCACCGCUGGCUGCUUAAGGCUCUUAACAUCCUUGACCGACAAAUAUCCACUGCUGGAGGACAUCCUGAUGUUCCACGUGGUCCAUCGUGUUCGGGCACCCUUGGAGCGAUUCAAAGACGGGCUGAAAACCCUAGGCGUGUUGCCGAAAAUACAACAGCACCCAGAGGCAUUUCGCCCGCUGCUGUGCUACAACCCUCCCACGCUCACAGCCGACUCUCUGGAUUGUCUCUUCACCAUCAACUGGUCCGAGGAUGGGAGCAACUCCCGGAUUGGCGAGAACAAGACAGUGGCAUUUUGGAGGGAUUUCCUUCAGGAUGUAGAAGAAGAGAAGAAAAUGACUUUGGAAUCUAUUCUUACCUUCACUACGGGGUCUAAUGUGGUUCCACCGAUGGGGUUCUCCCCUCAGCCAUCCUUGGAAUUCCUUCAUGGUGGAGGAAAAUAUCCAAUUGCAAACACUUGCAUAAACUGCUUACGGCUGCCCCUUCACUCAGAAUACGAGCCUUUCAAGGAGGCAAUGGAGUUUGCCAUCCAAAACACAUAUGGAUUUGGUAUGGCUUAG